GGGGAUGUUUGAUUCAACUAUCUACAGCUAUUAUCCAACUGAUUGAAAGACAGCAUCAAACGGGAAUGUGAAACGCGGGACCUUAUGUGUGGCACACAAGAGCUUUAGUCGGGUUGCUCAUUUUCAGGUGUUUUUCAGUUAUUUUCGUACAGGUUUCCUUUGGCCGACCACGUGUUCUCUUACUCAGGCGUGUCCAAUUUUAGGGUGGAGACUUCCAGGUGGGACCGCACCCAUCAUACGUCUGUAUUACUGCAUGCUCUUCACCUAUUUCAGUUGUUUCUUUUGUUCCGUUUUCUGUAGCAAUAGUUAUUUUUUUUGUGAGAUGGGAUUGCUAACCUCCCACUUUGUCUGACUUAAGGACUGCAUGGGGGAAUGAAACCAGAGGAUCCGGCAGGCAGAGUUAAUAUAAGCAUUUAUUGUGAUUUCAUUAUAUUUCUUUAUUUCAGUUAAUGGACCGCAAAGCUUAACAAGUAAGAGGCCUAUCGGACUCGCUCUAGAGUUAACACGAGAAAAAGGGUCAGAACAGCUGACACUAGGAGACGAUCCUUCUAUGGUAAUACCUGGAAAAGAACCUUGUGAGCAUAGACUGGAACAAGGGCUGAAUGAGGUGGAACCAAGAGAAGGAACUCAUGAUGUGACACUUCAAGCAGGCGGGCCAGGUGCAGAUAACGAAUUAGAUACCCAGGUUCAGAGAAACGAAAGAACCCCACCAGGUGCGGGCACUUUUGGUCCUCCCGGAUGGCAGAAAUUUCACAUGAGUGCAACGGAACACUUGGGUUUUCCGGGUGGUAUGCAAAUCAUCGUUCAGAUUCCGCUGGCUGGACAGACGAUAACUUUGAAUGUAGAGCCUAGCGAUUCUAUUGCGAGUGUGAAGGAGAAAAUUUAUAAACAAGGGAAAAUUCCAUAUUACCACCAGUGGCUGACCUUUAAAGGAGAAAAACUUGAAGAUGAUCGCACUCUUCGUGACUACAAUAUCACGGGUGAAUUCACCUUAGUCUUCCUGAUUGACCUUGUCAGUGUUGACAUGCAAAUUUUCAUCAAGACGCUGACUGGGAAGGUGAUUACUUUGGAAGUCGAACCUUUGACCGCCAUCGCAGUUGUGAAAGAGCAAAUUGAAGCCGAAGAAGGGUUCCCUCCUGACCAACAGCAUCUCAUUUUCAGGGGUCUGGAACUUAAAGAUGACCAGAAGUCUUUGUGGUAUUACAACAUCGUAGAUAAAUCAACUCUACAUUUAAAGCUUGAGGGACAACUUGGUAGAGGACUUGUUAAUGUGGAGAUGCCGACUGGAGAGACGGCAGUGUUAGACUUCUCACCAAGCGAUAGUAUCGAGGACGUGAAAAGGAAAAUUUGCGACAAAGAAGGGAUCCCACCCGACCAGCAGUGUCUCAGCUUUGACAAAAAGGAACUUUUUGACCAAUACACUCCGAGUGACUAUAACAAUCAGACUGAAUCAACCUCACACUUGGCUCUAAGAGAUUCUGAUAGAGAUUGGCAAGUUUUCGUGAAAACGCGAACUGGGAAGACCGUGAUCACGUUAGACGUUGUGCCGCAGAGCACUAUCCAAGAUGUGAAGAGGAGAAUAAAGAACGAAGUAGGAAUACCAACCGAACAGCAACAACUUUUCUAUGACGACGAAGAACUCAUAUUCUACGACGAGAGUCUGAGAAAAUACAACGUUAAAAGAGGCUCAACUCUUAUUUUGAUUCCGAUAUUUCGAAUUCACUUCAAAAUGUCAACUGGAAAGACGAUCACAUUGAAAGCUGUAUCGCAAGAUACUAUCGGAAGAUUGAAAAAGAGAAUAUUUCAGGAAGAAGGAAUAGCAGUGGAAUGUCUGGACAUCUUCUUUGCUGGGAAAGAACUCAAAGAUGAGAACACUCUUGAAGACUACAACAUUGUAGACGAAUCAACCCUGCAGUGUUACAUACAAAUCUUCGUUAAGACGCUGACUGGGAAGAUCAUCAUUUUGGAAGUUGAACCGGCCAUUUUCAUAGAGGAGGUAAAAGUCAAAAUUCAAGACAAGGAAGGAAUUCCACCUGAACAUCAGCAUCUCAUCGUUGCUGGUAAGGAACUUGAGAAUGGUCGCACUUUAAGAGAUUACAACUUUCGGGACAAAUCAACCUUAACGUUGGUUUCAAUACGGUGUAUGCAAAUUUUCGUGGAGAUGAUGACUGGGGUUGAGAAGACGAUCACUUUGCAGGUUGAACCGACAACGUCUAUCGAGAAGGCAAAAAGUAAAAUUCAAGACAAAGAAGGAAUCCCACCUGAACAGCAGCGUCUCUUCUAUGGUGGCAAGGAACUCGAACAUUGUCACACUUUAAAGGACUACAACAUUGAAAGUCUGUCAACUCUGCAUUUAGGUGUCACCAGGACGAUUUACGUGAUGGCGCCAACUGGAAAGAAGACUGGUUUAGAUGUCUUACCGAGCUAUAGUAUCGAGAAAGUGAAAAAGAAAAUUUACGACAACGAAAAGAUCCCACCCGACGAGCAACAUCUCACCUUUGAUGGCAAGGAAAUGGAAAACGGCCGUACUUUGAAUGACUACAACAUUGAGAAAGAAUCGACCAUACAUUUGAUUCAACUGAGAUUUGCUGAAAACGGUGGCAUGAUAAUUCACGUUAAGACUCCAGCAGCGGAGACGAUUACAUUACACGUUAUGCCGGGAGAUACCGUCCAAAAUGUGAAAGGGAAAAUAAAUGAUCAGCUGGAAAUUCCGCCAGAUCAGCAACAACUGUUCUUUGAAGACAUGGAACUUAAAAACGAUGGCAAUCUAAAUGACUACGGUAUAGCUUCAGAUUGUACACUAUCCAUGUGUCCCUCUGGCAAAGUUGGUCGAGACAACAAGUGCGUCUUGAUACUGUCAAGACAUGCGAUAUUCUAUUUCUACUGUUGUCUGUCUAAAGCAAUGGCCACUACCCCAGACAUAGAUAAAGUGCUUCGUUCAACAGAAGGAAAAGAAAAUUUUCAACGUCUUGCACGACUGUUGAUAAGUGGAGGCACUACACUACUGAGAGAGAUUUUUGAUCAACUUUGCCCACCAAGCAGUUUUCCCACAAUACUGAAAAAUCCGGCCACAGAGAAACAACUCAAAGCAGCAAAGCUUACUAAGCCACAGUGGGACUGUCUGUACCCUUCCCCAGGGGUGUAUGGCAAGUCAGCAGAUUUUGAUGUUACCCUGCUGUUCAAGUUGCUGAGGACAAUAUGCAACCUCAUCCCUCCUGCCACAGGCUGGGAUGAGCUGCCAACAAGUACGGACCAUAGUUUAGCUGCAGAUUUGGUGAGAAUUAAAUAUUAUCGAAACACAGUAUAUGGUCAUGUCAACCAACAAAUGGAGAUCGCAGAUGACUUUCAGUUUUUAUCUCUGUGGCAAGAAAUUAGUCGAGCACUUGUGAGAAUUGCAGGUCAAAUCAGCCUGGCAAAGAAAGUUGAAUGGCAAGUGUCUAUCGAUAAGUUUUUGAAAGAUCCCCUCACAGUGGACGAUGAAAGAAAUGUACAGGAACUGUUGGAGUGGUAUAGAAAUGAUAUGGAAGUAAAGAAAUCCUUAGAAGAACUGAAAGCUUCAACUCAGAAAGGGUUGGAACAUUUGGAGGGAGUUGUAGACGGAACAGUACAUGCAAUAGAAAAGAAAAGCCAAGUCUUAGAGAAUACCAUGAGAGAGGAAGCCCAAGACAUUAAAGAUCAGCUUGGAGGAGAACUUAAAACUACGACCGAAGAAGUUCAAUGUUUAGAGAUAGCAGUUCGAGAGGAAUCACAAGACAUUAAAGAUCAGCUUACAAAGGUGCAACAAUCCAUAGACAGGUUGAGCUCCUCCGUUGCCAGCUCUCAGACAUCGCUAGCACCUUUAAUAGAAGCGGCUUUCCUUAGACUUCGGAUCGAUGGCGAGGCCAUCUCGGGACCUGCUUUACAAGGAGGAUCUUCACAUUUGGCGUUAGUCUCACCGGAACAUGAUGCAGGGAUCCAUGAGGCGGCAUUUGUACAAGCAGAGGUAACAGAAGAUGAUGGAACAGUAAGCAUCAAAACUAACCCUGCUCCCACAAUCCAGGACGUGUUAAACCUCGCUGCACACAAGUACUUGCAGACGAUUGACCCAUCCAAACCAGAGGAUUUAAAUGGUUUUGUUUAUUACUUGGAGAAAGUACGGAAGGUCUUGAUUGUGGAUACUCAGUCGGGGAGUUUGAUCAUCACAGUAGAAUGCAGGUCUCAGGAAAUACUUGACGGAUUGUGGGAAGACUAUUGCGCAGGCUACUUGGAUGAAAUGGUGCAAAAAUUCCUUGUGACAGAGGAACUAUUGAAGGAGAUUGGCCUCACAGAAGUGAAACUUACGACAACGAUUCUUGAAGAGGACUAUAGAAAUUGUCUAGAGUAUUUCUGGUCGACUGAUGAUGCCAUUCCAUGGGAGAUGAAAAUUUUCGUCAAGACCUAUUCUGAGAAUACUGUCAUCACAUUAUACGUUGAACCAUACGAUACCAUUCAGAGUGUGAAAAGGAAAAUAUCCUGUGAGGUAGGUAUACCAGUCGACCAACAACAGCUAAUAUUUCUCGGCGACAUUCUUGAAGAUGGCCGCACUUUGAUUGACUACAACAUUCAGACAGCGUCAAUUUUAUGGUUAGACGUACCGGUAUCUGAUUAUGCCCGGCAAAUUUUCGUGAAGACGCAAAGUGGAAAGACCGUGAUUACAAUAGUGAUCGUACCGGGACUCACUGUCCAAGCUUUGAAGAGAGAAAUAAGGGACGAAACAGGAAUACCGACCAACCAGCAACAUAUUAUUUUUGACGACUCUGAACUACAAGAUGAUGGUACUCUGGAACACUACCGUGUGCGAUCUGGAUCUGUGUUAUUGAUGCUUCGCUACCGCGAGGCUCGUUGCAAGAUGUGCGUAAUAAGUUGAUUGAAAUACACUCAUAUCACUCGCUUUGCUAGCACACUGACUAGGGGUGCGUUUCUUUAGGGGAAUCCAAGAUCGUGUUCAUCAAUCAAAAAAAAACAAAAAAAACAAAAAAAAGGGAUUUUGCGUUUCUUUACUAAACAGAUUAAUGCAACUCACUCAGAGCAUGGUGCAAAGAACACUUUUGUUUGACCUGGGCCCCGUUUCUCGAAAUCCUCGGAAACUUUUCGGGCUCGUAAAGCCAUUUUUAGUUCAUCUGUAUCUAAACACGGAGUAGUGUAUACGCCUGAAACUUCAUGUAUGAAGGGAACCUCUGUUCAUAUUAAGAAUACAUGAAUAAAACAGCGCUGUAAUGGUUAGGUUCGAUAUUUUGCUAUGGCUUUCCGGGCCCGAAAAGUUUCCGGGGCUUUCGAGAAACGGGCCCCUGGUCGGGAACAACUGUGAUAUUUAUAACGAACUAUCCACUUCUCUUUGUGGAAUAUGUUAAACAUCUUAAGAGUCAUCUAAGGUUUAAAUAUAACCGAUAAAGACAAAUAGCUGAGCCCGCAGUCGUCGGAGCGGUUGCUUAGUAACAGGUGAUGAGAUAUAUCCAUGGUGAUAAGCUGAAGCGACUAAGAACUUCCGAGUUACCAUAUACCAUGUAUUGAUAGACUGGCCCGCCUAGACUAGCAUAGCUAUUCGCGUGCCAGUCCAGCUGUAAAAUGUAGAUUUUAUCAAGAAAUAAAAAAUGACAAUGAUGAUGAUGAAAAUAUAGUUUUCGGUUAUUUUCUCCAAAAGGAUUUUUGACAGAGAAACGUUAGAAUUGAGGAGCGACACAGAUUUCAAGUCGAAUUUCUAAAAUGGCUUACUCUGCAGGGCAUGCGUGUUGAUCAUGUCUGCAACUAAGCUUGUGAAAAGACGAAUCAAAGGGCAUUGAUCUCUUUGAACCGUUCUCUAUAUAAUCGUGCAGCCAGACAAAAAAGCGACAUGCUUCAGUUUACCGCGGGUCGCACAAAUAUGGCCAAAAAAUCCUUUGAUUAUAAUGAACGUAAAAUUUUUAAUAGGUUAAGCCAAUAGGAUAAUGUUUUUAGCUGUUUUGUGUCAUUUAUUGUUUUAUUCCUGAUUUUCAUUAUUCCAUUUAACGGUAAGUAGUCAGUUUUUGUAAGUAUGUCAAUUUUAUCGGUAGCGCCUCUGUACCAUGGUGAAAAUUAAAUAAAGAUAUCAAUCUAUAACUCCUUUCAGUUUUAUUCCGUGAGGACAAAUCUGAAAGUUCAGUUCCUUUCCCCAAGAGAGAGGCAUUUCAUAUUCGAACCGAUGAAAAUAUUCCAUAGUGAUGACGUAACAUUACCGGAAUCAGAGCAACGUCUCUAAUUGGUUGUUCCUGGUUGUUUGGCGUGCGAGGAAAAUUCCAUAUUUGGAUGACAACCAAAUAUAGCGCUACGUUAUCAGUACGUUGUAUACAUUGUUUGAUGUUGUUUGUAGGCGGUGCUGAAAUUGGGUUAACUAUUGAGAUAGUUAAAAAAAAAAAAAAAUUAAUGCCAGUGACUUAACUUGUUGUGGGUUGUUGUGCAAAAAAUUGAAUUUCUAGAGAGGGGGUUGCCAAAGAGGGGAACGUGUUAAAUAGAAAUAGAGCUUUAAAGAUACCCUAAUGUCAAACUCUUCCUUCCUCCUUCCAUUAUUUCUCCCUCUUAGAACAUGACUUACCUGUCCCCCGGGCCGAGGACCCCGCCUUCGCCCCUCUCCCUAUGCCCCGAAAAAACUGUCCCGAAACAAAUGUAGGAAUCGCCAAUUCAUAACACGAAAACUCGCUCGCACGUCCCCGGAAACUCCGACAAUUUUAGUUUUGACUGUUGUACUCGCCCACGGAAUAGACAAGCGCACGUUUUCUAUCAGCUGUUGUCAUUAUUGGUGACGAUAUUAUCGACAAACUGGAAAAGGCGUGAAUACA